CUGGUGCCGUCAGGAGCGACGCAGACGCGUAGGAUGUAGCACAGGACGUGGCUAACGAGCUGCUAGCUUACAGUAACAACGUCCACAGUAAAAAAAAACACACAAACGCGGCGGCCGGGAUCCAUUUUGCUUCAUGUUCACGGAGCGUCUGUCUCUUCCAUCGGACAGAUCAUUUCUGCCGGAUGUGAUGCAUCAGCCGUGCAUCAGGAGCUGAAUGGAAGCGUUCGGGGUCUUUUGUGAGUGAGGAGGUUGUGGGUCCCAGUGAUGUACCAUGGGGUACGACAUUACGAGGUUUCAAGGGGAGGUGGAUGAAGACCUGCUGUGCCCCAUAUGUAGCGGAGUGCUGGAAGAACCAGUGCAGGCUCCACAUUGUGAGCAUGCCUUCUGCAAUGCCUGCAUAACACAGUGGUUCGCCCAGCAGCAGAUUUGCCCCGUUGACCGCACGGUGGUGACGCUCGCUCACCUCCGGCCCGUGCCCCGCAUCAUGCGCAACAUGCUGUCCAAGCUCCUAAUGAGCUGCGACAACGCAACCUUUGGCUGCACGGCCACGCUGCGACUGGACCAGCUGCAGUCACACCUCAAAGACUGUGAGCACAACCCCAAACGGCCCGUCAACUGUGUGGAGGGAUGUGGGCUUGAGAUGCCCAAAGAUGAACAACCGAACCACAACUGCAUCAAACAUUUGCGCGGUGUUGUUCAGCAGCAACAGACCAAGAUCUCAGACCUGGAGAAAACGGUGGCAGAACAUAAACACCAGCUGGGCGAGCAGAAACGAGACAUUCAGCUGCUGAAAGCCUACAUGAGAGCAAUCCGCAGUGCGAACCCCAACCUGCAAAACCUCGAAGAAAGCAUCGAGUACAAUGAAAUCUUAGAGUGGGUGAACUCCAUGCAGCCGGCCCGGGUGACGCGCUGGGGGGGCAUGAUCUCCACCCCCGAUGCCGUGCUCCAGGCGGUCAUCAAACGCUCCCUCAUCGACAGCGGCUGUCCCCUCUCGGUCGUGAACGACCUGAUCGAGAACGCCCACGAGCGCAACUGGCCUCAGGGGCUGGCCACCCUGGAGGUGCGGCAGAUGAACAGACGCUACUAUGAGAACUACGUCGCCAAGCGGAUCCCUGGCAAGCAAGCCGUGGUGGUGAUGGCGUGCGAGAAUCAGCAUAUGGGGGAGGAUAUGAUCCUGGAGCCCGGCCUGGUUAUGAUCUUUGCUCACGGCGUGGAGGAGAUCUUAUAACUGGGCAGCUGACUGAGCUGAUCCAGAGACACGCGGGACGUUGUUGCGCGGGGGGGGGGUUGUUUGCUGUGACGAGUAUUUUUUUUUGUUUUUUACUCGUCAGAGUGAAACCUUCAAGGUAAUUCUGGCUUAUUUAAAAAAAAAAAAAAAAAAGAAUCUUAUAAGAGGCUCACUCCUAAGCUUCGUACCUAUGCCUUAAAAUAAGGACAAACACACAAUGAACCUGGCAAAUCAACUUAAUCUGACUGAUAUCGAAGAGAAAAGGUGAGAUGUGAUGUUUACAAGGUUUAUAUUUAGUGCAUUAUAUGAUCUGAUUGUUCUGCUCCAUGUCCUGAUAUAGUAAUAAGCUUGAGCCCCCAUUUAAUGUCCGCAGUUGUAUAAAUGCUUGUAAAUACAAAUACUAUAUUGAAUUAUAACUGUCAUUCUCUUAUUCCCAUUACUGUAAUUAGAUUGUGUUCUGUUAAUCUCAGUGUGUCCCCGUCCUCAGGGACGUCGGCUCUGCUCUUUUUUUUUCGCGUGCUUGCUUCUUCUUUUCUUUUUUUAGUAUUUAGACUCCUGUGAAUAUUUUACAAGACAUCGUGAUCUCAGUUUAGAUUGUCCAAAACCUUCUGUGCCAUUGAUUUUUAUUUAUUGUGUUGCCUUUCACACAGACAUGCUUGAAGAUGUUACCAUUUUGAUGUAUGGAAAUCUGCCUUUUUCGGUGCAUUUGAAGUUCGUUGCAGGAAGAAGAAUUACAUUUUUGUUGUGUUUUCUUUGUUGCCUCAGUUGUAUAUAUACGUACUCUGUAUGUUGGGUCCAGUUGAAUGGUUGAAUUUUAACAUUUAGGAUUUGCCUACGUGUUUUAUGUGACAAACCACGGUGGUCCACCUGAUCCUGAAACACACUGAUCUUCUCAUUCGUCACAGUUGUCAUUCAUCUGUUCACUGACAUUUCACUGAGAACCACAGCUUGGAGAUUGUAUAAAUAUUUGUGAAGUCACUCUUAUGUUUUCAUUUUGAGAGGUAACAAUGUUUCACCAUUAGUCACUUAGUGCUGAUAAAAGACAAACCAGACUCCAGACAUGUGGUAGAAAAGAUCAAUCAAGUGCAGUAAAAUCAUAAGUUGAAUUGUGCCCUUUCUUAUUUUCCUUAUUAAUGUUUUUGUUUUGUGUCUGUUAUGUACUGUGUUGUACAGACAAAGUAAUAAAAUGACAAACUUCAUCCCAAAACAAA